ACAGUCACGGAAAAAUAUGAUUGUUAUUGAAUUACUCUUAAAAUCAGUAAUGUAAAUAAUGAAAAGUGACAAGUUCAUUCACUGAUCUUGGCAUGCUGAUGUUCUCAGCUGGUAUUUAACUCAAGAUUUGUCUGAAAAAGUUUUCCAAGAAGUUGAAAUGAUUUGUAAUCAAAGCUUUUAUUUGCUACCUCCAGGAAACAAUUCUUCAAUGUCGUUGGGGAUUGUUUCGGUUUUAGAAACAAUAGAAAGAUUUUACAACUCUCUUCACCUGUUAACAUUUCUAAGUUUCACUUUGAACAGUGCAAUACUUAUUGUACUUUCCCAUAAACAAAUGCGUAAACUUGGAAUCAAUGUCAUGAUGAUGGCAAUAGCGUUUUGUGAUUUUGGAUGUUCCAUAUGUGUAAUUGUCAAUUUUAUUCUAGGACCUCCUCUCAAUGGAAAACUUGAGGAAUCAUAUGUCAAUUCAGUAUUCCAUUUAGUUUACGAUUCAAUUACUAUUGGAUUUCAUUCCUCUUCGAUUUUUAUAGGUGUCGGGAUGGCUUUUUGUAGGAUUAUGUCUUUGACAUUUUCCAAUCGCAACAGAUCUCGUUUGGACCGAUCUUCAUCACUUAUUUUAUCAGUUCUAAUAGUUUUCUUGUUCACUGAACUACCUCAAGCCAUUACUGACAUUUUUGGAGCACUUUUCAUUGCAGAUUUCCUCAACCACGUGAUCACCAACCUGGAGGACAUUCUUGAUAUCUUAUCAAGUGUCAAUUCUACUGUUAUUUUCUUCAUCUAUAGUCUGUCCCAACAGUUUCGGCAAAUUUUUGUAGAGACAUUUGUUCCAUCAGUGCUCCGAACUUUAAACACUCGAAAAGUAAUUAAAAAAUUUAUUUAA